AUGGUAUCAUUGGUGACAUUAAGUCUGACAAGCUAUUUGGCUUUCCUAGAAUGUGAUAUCGAAACACCUGAACAUCUGAAGGACUACUUCUCUGAGAUGACACCUAUCUUUAAGAACAUUGAAAUCGAUCCAUCAAGCGUGGAUAUCAUUGGCGAGCAUAUGUAUACAUACAAUCAAUCAAAAGAAUCAAAGGCAACUAAAUCAAAGAAACUGAUUGGGUCGUACUUUGGUACACGAAUUCUUAUAUACGCACCAUUGCUGAAAUGGUACUUAGAGCAUGGUCUUAUCGUUACAAGAACGUAUUCUUUCGUUAAAGCAGCCUCACAUCGACCAUUCAAAGACUUUAUGGAACAGGUAUCAGAUGCACGACGCGAAGGUGAUACUGAUAAAGAUAAGGCUAUGAUUGCAGAGAUGAUGAAACUUAUUGGCAACGCAGCAUUUGGUCGGUCAGGUAUGGACAAAUCAAAGCAUAAGGAUGUUAAAUACGAGAACAAAUCAGCGAAAAUAAGAUGGAUCGUUGAAAAACCAAAUUUCUAUGAUGUUGAGGAGCUCAAUGGUUCGUUUGAGGUGAGCCUCAAACGAGCCAUUGAGCUCCUCAACAUCAUAGAAAUUUAG